GCACGCACGAGCGGCAGUACUUAUCCGCAGUUCCAACGGUCGAGGCAUCGGUGACAGCAACAACGUCGUUCUUUGUGCCUGCGUGUAUAUUGCUUACCGCACUCGCCAUAUUUCGCUUUUUCCUUCUUUUAAUGUCUAUACAUUAUUAGCGCGUAAGUGUGUACACAGGGAUUGAAUAUCCAGUUCAUAUAAGUACCCAAUAAUCUACUCGGACUAGCAGCUCUACGCAAUCAGUUGACCGGCAAACUCGAUCCUCUCUCGCGCUGCAACACCACAGAGCAGUCUUUCCGCCCCCCCCCCUACCCCUUCUGAGGAAUUAUUUUACAGAAAAAUAAUUACGCAGCCAGAUCUAUGGAGAUUCCAACGAGAAAAACGUCAAAGCGUACCAUAGAGCCAGUUGAUGAGUGGCUGCAAAAUGAAGGUUAUUACAGGAAGCACGUACCAAAGGAUCCUACCAGUUUGUUCAGGGCUGUUAGCGAACAGGUUUAUAAAAAUCAACGCUGUCACAUAAGAGUCAGGAAAGAAUGCGUCGAGUUUAUGAGGGAAAAUAGAAAAAUGUUUGAAGAGAAAAUUUCGAUACCCUACGACAGUUAUCUGGAUCAAAUGAGCUGUUUCACGGAGUGGGGUGGUAUGAACGAAAUUUUGGCCAUGUCACAGUUGUACAAAAGAAACGUCGUUAUAUUCCAUGGACAAAAGUUGACGAGAGAAACUGUGAUUGAUCAUGGUUACAAAGAUGGUCUUUACCUUUGUUUUACACCACCAAAACAGUAUGAGACAGUUUUCACCCAAGAGCAUACAACCAAUGCAGGAUUCUGUCAGUCCCUCGUUUACCAAACAUUGUACAAGAAUGUUUUUGACAUGAAUAAUGUAGACAUUACUGUUCACAAGAUGUUGCAUGAACGAAACAGUCAUCUGAGACAUGAGAAAUUUUUCCUGGAAGGAAACCUGGACAUACGAAACCAGUUGACUGUAGAAUUAUUAGACAAGAUCAAAGAAAAUGAAGACACUGAGGAGCUACAACUUUUAUCUAGAGGAAUCACACCCUUUCCUUAUCGGGUGGCAAAAGCUUUAGAUCCCAAUAUUUAUAGGAAUGUUGAUUAUGACAUUUGGCAUGAAAUUAAAAAGGAAGUGAGAAACUCGGGCUACACAAAGUUUAAUUCCACCGAGUUGCAAGCUGGAGCCAAAUGUUUAGUACAUCUUGAAUUGAAGGAAAAUGACAAGAUCAACAAUAACUUCUUGCCUGCCCGCGAAGAAUGGGCCAAUGCCACAUCUCCUACAAAGCCAAAGCGCUUGGAACCUUUUGGUUACACAGGUCAUAUACAAGAAAUGAGCAAAAACCAAGGACCUGUUCUAGUAUUUAUAGAAGAGUUGGGACAGAUGGUGACAGUGCCAUAUGAAGCCCUAAAACCUUUUCCUCAGAGAAAGACGAAGCAAAAUAACUGGGCCAUGGCUACAAACAAGAGGAAUAUGGUUGCUCAAAGCCCAAAGUCGAAGAAACCUUGGAAUUCAAACGGACGUAGACCUAGAGAACAAGGGUCCAAUGAAAAUAAUACAAAUAAGAAUCAAAUAAAUAAUGCCAAGGGUCUCGCUAAGAACAUCAACAAUAAACCUGAAUGGAAUCCUGAGGCAAUCAUAGAGAAGCAGGUAGAGAGUUAUAUGACAUACAAGGAGUACAGUACAGACGCACCUGUUGACAAUAUGAAGGCUGCUUUGGAAAACACUCACAUAACACCUGUAGAAACGAUAGAGGAAAUAGUUAUCGAGAAAAAGAAUAAAAAUCCUGGUUUAAAUACUGAAGCGCAAGAUAACGGACAAAAAAUUCAGAACGUGACAAAUUUGAACAAUUUGAAUCAAUCAAAUAAGCAGCCUAAUCAACGCCCAGAGAAGAAUGAAAUAUUCUAUCCUGCUUAUCCAAAUACUGCUUAUCCACAAAGUCCUCGAUUUUCUGAAGAUCAUGAAAUAGUAAACUACGAAUUGGUCAAGAAUUGGGACGUGGACGGUAAUGGUGUACCCUACUCAGAUCCUGCUACUGUACGACAUUUUUUUAACUUAGGAGUGAAGUAUUUCUGGUCUCAAAAUAUGUGGCCUAAUGGGAUUACUGAACAACAGUUUGGUGAUAACACAUUCUUCAUUGCUCAACCUCCUCCACCUGAUGCAAACUUCAAUCCCGCAAUGAUGAAUGGACCUAAUGUAAAUGGCGAGAUCAUGAAUCAGGGCAACAACAACAAUCUUCGGUACAAUAAUCGUUCACCUCCGAGACCACGAGACAAAGAGAAUCACAACGGUGCGAAAUCAAACGGACAAAAGUCAAAUUACCGAAGCUCGGAAUUUCGCAACAUGUCAGCUUCGCGAGACUUGCAACAAUCGCCGCACACUGAUCUCAACCGGAACCGGAUUGAUUCUAAAAACACAAACUUCAAGGAACAACAGCAGCAACAUCAGAUCUACAAUAAUAAGGAAGCACCGCGGGGAAAUAAAUCCAAUGGGAUGGCCCCACGUUUCAAACGAAGUUACGAGGGAAGAAAUCGAAAUGAUCACCACAACGGGCAAAAUCAGUAUCGGCCACACUUACAGCAACAUCACCAUCAACAGCAGCAACAUCAAGACUGUGAUUACCGCGGAAAUAAAAAGCAGCAGCAGCCGCAGCAAGUGGAGUCUCAGAUGAUCGGCAAUCAAUGUGAAAUCAACGAUGUCAAUCAUAUGCAACAACAGCCGCAACAAAACUCUCUACAGCCACAGCAGCAAAAUCACCAGCAACCGCAGCAGCAGCAACAGCUACAACCGCCGGUAGUCCAACGUCAAACUCCGCCUCCGAUUAAUAAUGGAUAUCCUUAUUCAGUGCCUUACAACCAGCAGGUCCCUUAUAUACCGCUGAGCACGUAUCCCGUAGAUUCAGAGCCUUUUGCAGGCCACUACUAUCCAGCUCCCGGCAGCUUCGUCCAGGUGCCCUACAUGCCACCGCCAGCCGAUCUCUCACCCGAAGUUGGCAGUCCGGGUUGUAUGCCGGUUUACCCUGCAAUGGAUGGUUUUCCGGCUCAGUACCCUAUGUACUCGCAGUACGCUUAUCCUCAGCCAUCGCCGCCGAUGUUUCCGGCCCAGCCACCGCCUCCGAUACCGGCGCCUCCAGCUGAUACAACUUGCUACACGCCCUAUCCCGGACAAUCCUACUUCAUCCCUUAUCCGCCGCCGCCUCCUCCGAUGGCCAUGACUUGCUCGCCCAAUCCAACUAACACGCCGGCACAUUGAGAAACUAGAGUAAGCAGUAUGAUUUUUUGGUAAUACUCAUCUCUGCUGGGGUUUCAUACUGGAUCGAGCUGUUUUACCCUUUUCAAAUACUUGACGAACAUCGACUUUGUCUGCUAAAGACUGUUGAACUCGUUAUUUUUUUUUUUUAUGAGAUAGGACCAAUUUUUAGUGGAGCAUUUAGUAUAGAUUCUGCUCAGCAGGGCUUACGGUAUUUCCUAAAAUUCUCGCAGAGUGUAAUUGUUACCGAUUUGAUACUGAACUUUUUUCACAAUAAGCCUCUUUCGAAUGUAAUUCUCGUGUUGACCGCUUUGAAAGCGUUGUGACUAUUCGUUGUUUGAAUUAUAGAAGAUCAAUUGCAGAGAAUUAUGUUGGAAAGAUGGUUAACGAUGAUAUCGUCGCGGGGCGUUGUCAAAACAAGACUUGAAGUUUUCUAUAAACUAUUAGCUUUAAGCUACUGUUUCAUUGUUACUUUUCAUACAUUAUUUCUUGGAAAUUAUAUUGUAAAGUUAAGUAGGUUAAUAGGUCUAUUAAUACAUUAUAAAGCCAAUUAAAUCUUUAGGAUAAUCUUUAUAUAAAUAUUUUGUAUUCAAAAUAAUGGAAUUUCGUAUGUACAAUGUCUAGGCCAUUGUAAUUUGUAAUAACUUUCAAACCCUUAAAAAAAUAUAUAUAUUAUAUUGUGAUUAAAA